AUGGGCUGGAAAACGGCAGGCGCAGACGAGAAAGCAAGAGAUGCACGGGUAAUCAACUCAAGAAAUGACCUGGCGGUUGCUAAGGGGAAAGAAGAGCAGGACUAUAAAGAGUAUGAGCAGUAUGAGGACACGGGUGGGGAGACGGGGGAGAAGGGGGAGAAGGGGAAGAAGGGGAAGCGGGAGGAGGAGACGGUGGAGCUGUUGCCCAUAUGGGAGAGUAAGUGUGGGCAGCGGCAGCGGCAGCUGGCAUGGGAUGCUCGCGAGGCGAGGUGCGUGGUGGCAGCACGCAGCACAGAGGGCGACGGUGAUAGGACCUCCGGACGCAGCCAGUCACACAGCCAGCAGCAGCAGCAGCCGCAGCGGCAGCAGCAAGGGAGAGAGAGGCCCGACGAGGGCGUAAGGGCGUUCUUCCUCCCAGCAGCCAUGCUCAGGCAAUGCAGCGAAGCGUGGAGAACGCAAGUGUGGGCUCCCAUGGAGGAAGCAUCACGUGCAGUGCUGCUGCCAAGGGAUGUGGCGGAUGGAUACUGGGAGUACAUGCGCUGGAAGGGCGUUCAGAGGACGCUCAGCUCAUGCAUGCACGUCAUAGCGACUCAGUCUCUGUUGAGAGCGGUUGGAGUGGGUGCGCGGCGGUCGGUGCCGGCUGCUGCGGCGCUGCAGUGGGUGCUGAAGGAUGGGCUGGGGCGCCUUGGGCGGCUGUGGUUCGUGGGGAGCACUGGCGGGUCGUUUGACUGCAACUUGAAGGUCCGUUCCGUUGGGUGGAUGGUUGAUUUGGUUCAGUGGACGGGUGGAUGGCUCGUUCCCCCAACCUCGCCUCCCCCUCCCUCUUUCGGCCUGGGGCGGCUGUGGUUUGUGGGGAGCACUGUCGGCUUGUUUAACUGCAACUUGAAGACGUCAGCGCUGUUCUCUGCGAGUCUAGGCCUGGACAUUCUCACGCCACACUUCCCGCACCUCUUUCUACCGCUCGCCACUGCUGCCAAUAUUGGCAAGUCCAUUGGGCUCGCUGCUUACGUCGCCACCACUCCGCCCAUCCAUCGCACCUUCGCCCUGGCGGAUAACCUGGGGGACAUCUCCGCCAAGGGGCAGGCGCAAGCAGUGGUAGCGGACAACAUAGGGCUGGCAGUGGCAGUGACAUUGGGCGCACUCACACGCAACCACCAGCACCUGCACGCGCGCCUGCCGCUCCUGCUCUUCCCGCUGCUGGCGAUCACGGAUCUUCUAGCCAUUCAACGAGAGCUGCAAGCCGUGCCGCUGCGCUCACUCAAUAAGGAGCGAGUGCAGAUGCUGGUGUCUGACUGGGUGGCUGGCAGAGCAAUGCCCUUCCCUGCGGAACUCACCCCAAGAGAGAGCCUCUUCUUUCCGCCGCACUGGACCUCACCAUUCACUCCCCAUCUCGUCUCAAACGGCAGCUGCAGGGAAACACCUUAG